UGUGCCCGCGGGUUCACACGCACGGUGGACGGGCGUUGCGAGCGGCUGGUGGUGUCGGAAGUGUUGAACAAGAUCGAACAGACCGUAGCCGGGUCGUGCGUGCAGGACACGAAGAAGUGCGAACUGUUCGAGCCCGUAUGCGACAGCUCCUAUGCACCUCAGGAGCCCAGCUCGUACUGGCCGUGCGCGCUGUGCCGCUGUGCGUAUCCCCUGUUUGACCGGGAAAAGCAGCGCUGUGUGCAACAAGGAUUGCUCUACGACGAAACGCGCGAACAGGCUCUUGACGCGUCUAAGUGGAGUUCCCGCAGUGUGCUCGCGAUCCCCCGCAAGGCAGUGGCGGAAAAGGAAGCGAGCAGCGCGCUUGAUGAUGCCUUUAACGCGGUGGCCGAUGUCGUUUCCGGUGUCAGUGAGCACGUAUUCGGGGCAACGGUAAUGGAGCAGUUCAUAUUGCACACUUGCCCCCGCGCGGCGCGUACCUACGCGACGGACCAAACAGCACUUUUGCAGCUUGAGAAGACGAACGUCGCCGCUGAACAGCCGGGCGAAGUGCAGCAGGUGCGGCCCAUUGACUACGUUGCGGCCCUAGAAGGCGUUUCGUGCGAGCCCAUUUCACAAGUGUUUGACUUUAAAAACCGUCUCCGCGUUAAUGGCUUUGUGCGUGUCCAUCUGCGUUUCUGGGCGCUCUUCUGGGACCAAACGGGAGUCGCUUACUUGGACAUCGACGGUGAGCGCGUAGCGUCUGCACUCAGCUACGGGACGCAUUGUGGCCCAGGUUUCGACCGAAAGAAUUGGGCGCCGUUCGGAGCACCAGAGAAGAGUCACCGUGUGUGUGACAUCAUCCUCUAUGGAAAGGCCUACAAGAUGCACGACAGAACUUUGAGUGUGACGGUGGGGAGCAACGACACAAAUCUGACUUUUGGCUUUGAUGACUUCCGCAUUGAGUACGACAUGGAGGACACUCCGCAAGUAGAGUGUCCAACAGCGCGAGAAGUCCUUUCGAGUCCUGCCGUGACAGUUCACGAACUGACGCGUUCACAAGAAGCAACUUUGAGUAGCUACCUCGACGGAGCUGAGGCGGAAGACGGCACUUCCUCGUCCUCGUCUCUAGUGGCACAGGGAGUCGACAGCAACGUGACUGAAGAUGAGGAAAGCUCGCAGCAAGUUGGAGUUGUCUCGCACGAAAGUGAAGAUGGCUCGCAGGGCAAAAAGACACUGGCCUCUUCAGUGGUGAUGAUGCAUGGACAAGAGACUGGAUCAGACUUGUCGAGGGCAGCAGGAGCUGCGGGAAGAGAUGAUGCCAAUGGCGGCGGCUUAAGCGGUGGCUCGUCGCUGGUGAAGAAGAGGACGCUUGCAGACAGCGGCGUCUCGGCAGACGACGGUGUAGACACGGUGUCCUCAUCCGACAACACGACAACGUAUUACUCAGGUCUAGAUCCGAACAAAGAUCCGCUUCGCAUCAAUGCUACUGAUCCUGACCCGGAUAACCAAGCUUCCACACCUUUUCCAGCUUCUGGCGGCGAUUCAACGAAGUUAGAGACUGAAUCUCCAAAGAUAUUUCAGGAUGGCACAGCAGUCGAUCUGACUGCCACGCCACCCCCCUGUGACGAAUCGGAUUCGAUAAGCAACUGCACAUCUAAAACGAUCGACAUUCUUGGACCGGAUUAUGACGCGUCAUCGAAGGAUGUAUCCGGCGCAAGCCUUCCAGCAGUACCCGGCGCUAUCCAGCCCUAUGUCAGCACAGUUACGUGGUCCGACAAAAUGAAAGGUUUCCUACCAUCGGGUGGCGACGUUGUAAAUGAUAUGGUUGCCGACGGCGCGAUCGUAUCCAGCUCGCAAACGUGGUUCCUCGACGAAUUAGGUGCCAAAAAAGCGUGCGAGGGCAUUGAAGCUUGUGGAGGUACUACUCGUACAGAAGCUCGAAUCCCGAAUGUCCACAUUUGCUAAAACAGAUACUCACCUAUUGACCACACAUGAAAGGUAACCGUCUUGGAGUAAGAAUCGAAGACGAGGACGGAUUGAUGCAAGUCACCUCAUCAAAAUCACAGGUAUCACCUCGUUCGGCAAGGGCCAUCACUGGUUCUUGAAGACUGCGGCUUUCUUAGCUGAGGACGCGCGAGUGGUCGGCGGCGACGCAACUCCUUGGUUUUCCUUUGUGAUUCCCGCCCGAAUUGGCGCUUUUGUGGCAAACUGCACUGAUUUCGAUGCUGAAAAGGCUGGCUGCGAUUUGACGACCUGCUUGCCUCUCCCGGAUACAACUGCAAUGGGUCUCGCGGCUAUCCAGUAUAUGACCGGUUACACAGACAACUAUGUCGCAGAGAAGGGUUACUGUCGCACUUGCGACACGAAGCGGGUACCACCGGGGGCAGACUACUUCCUUGGCUUGGUGCGCGAUUUGCGCCAGGACGCCUUCGCUGGCUUCUGUGCGCCCUGUAGUCCUGUGCCACCAG